GAAGGGGAAGAGGAGGAGGAGGAGGAGGAGGAGGGGGAGUCGGUGUGUGGUGCACGCCGCGCUCCCAGCACAAAAGCCCAGGGAAAGAAACUCUUGGAAAGCUGGGAGCGAACGGUGGGGCCGGGCAGGAGCAGGUCGAACCGUCCGGGUCUGUUCGUCUCCACUGGAUAAAUUUUGCAACUGCGAAGGAAUUAAAUCCGAUUUUCUUGUUGUUGUUGUGUUUUUUUUUUCUUUUUUUUUUCCCACCCCCUACCCCCAAGAUUUUUUUCUUCUUUUUUUUUUCUUUUUGAGAGCGAGAGGGAAGGCAGAGCCGCGCUUCUCCCCCCCGCCUCUUUUCACGCGCUCGAUCUUUUUAUUUUUAUUUUUGUUUCCCUUGGGGUAGAGGUGCACGCGAGGAAAAGAAAAAAAGUAAAGGACUAUGUUUGCUUCGUGGCUGACUUUCGCCGUGCUCUGGGGAACUUUCUGUGCAGGGCCAGGCCACGGGGAGGCUGAGACAAGGGAGUGCAUCUACUACAAUGCCAACUGGGAGCUGGAGAAGACCAACCAGAGCGGCGUGGAGCGCUGCGAGGGCGAGAAGGACAAGCGGCUGCACUGCUACGCCUCCUGGAGAAACAACUCGGGCUCCAUCGAGCUGGUGAAGAAAGGCUGCUGGUUAGAUGACUUCAACUGCUAUGACAGGCAGGAGUGUGUAGCCACAGAAGAAAACCCUCAGGUGUUUUUCUGCUGCUGCGAGGGCAACUAUUGCAAUGAGAAAUUUACUCACUUGCCUGAAGUCACCGGCCCAGAAGUCAUAUACGAGCCGCCGCCGCCCACGCCCUCCCUGCUGAACAUCCUGGUGUACUCCCUGCUGCCCAUCGCCGUGCUGUCCAUGGCCAUCCUGCUGGCCUUCUGGAUGUACCGCCACCGCAAGCCUCCCUACGGCCACGUGGACAUCAUUGAGGAUCCUGGCCCACCACCCCCUUCUCCCCUGGUUGGCCUAAAGCCCCUGCAGCUCUUGGAGAUCAAGGCAAGGGGACGCUUUGGCUGCGUGUGGAAGGCUCAGCUGAUGAACGACUAUGUAGCAGUGAAAAUCUUCCCUAUUCAGGAUAAGCAAUCUUGGCAGAGUGAGAGGGAGAUUUUCAACACUCCUGGCAUGAAGCAUGAAAACCUUUUGCAAUUUAUAGCAGCAGAGAAAAGGGGGACAAACCUGGAGACAGAGCUCUGGCUGAUCACAGCUUUCCACGACAAGGGUUCUCUUACAGAUUACCUGAAGGGCAACAUUAUCAGCUGGAAUGAGCUCUGCCAUGUUGCAGAAACAAUGGCCCGUGGCUUGUCCUACCUUCAUGAAGAUGUCCCCUGGUGCAAAGGUGAAGGACACAAACCUGCCAUAGCACACAGGGACUUCAAGAGUAAAAAUGUCUUGCUGAAGAACGACCUGACAGCUGUGCUAGCUGAUUUUGGACUGGCCGUACGGUUUGAACCUGGAAAACCUCCAGGGGACACUCAUGGACAGGUGGGAACAAGGAGGUACAUGGCUCCUGAAGUGUUGGAGGGAGCAAUCAACUUCCAACGAGACGCCUUCCUGAGAAUAGACAUGUAUGCAAUGGGACUGGUGUUGUGGGAGCUAGUCUCCAGAUGUAGAGCAGUUGAUGGUCCAGUGGAUGAAUACAUGCUGCCUUUUGAAGAAGAAAUAGGUCAGCACCCAUCCCUUGAGGACCUGCAAGAAGUGGUGGUUCACAAGAAGAUGCGCCCCGUGUUCAAGGAUCACUGGCUAAAACAUCCCGGCCUGGCGCAGCUCUGCGUGACCAUCGAAGAGUGCUGGGACCACGACGCGGAGGCGCGGCUCUCGGCCGGCUGCGUCGAGGAGCGCAUCGCGCAGAUCCGCAAAUCCGUCAACGGCACUACCUCGGACUGCCUCGUCUCCAUCGUGACGUCCGUCACCAACGUGGACUUGCCACCCAAAGAGUCUAGUAUCUGAGUGCUGGGUCCUGGUUCACUUUUGUCUUUCCAGACUCAGCGGAUUUAAAAACAAACAAACAAACAGACAAAAAAAAAACAACAAGGAAAAGAGUUUAAAGAAAAAAAAAAAGUACAAAAAAACAAAAUCACAAAAAUUCAACAAACCCAUGAAUGCAGCUGCUAUUUUAUCUUGACUUUUUAUUAUUAUUGUUAUUAUUAUUAUUAUUAUUUUUUUGGAUUGGAUCAAUUUUACCAGCACAUUGCUCUACUGUAUUAAAAAAAAUGGACAUUUCAGCAAGCAUUCAGGUGCCGACUAAUGAAUGCAGAAAAGGUGCAGGUACCUCAGAACCUCAACAAACUCACUUCAGUUGUUUUUAUUUUAUUCAGUUCUCUGGGUUUCUCUUUAUCAGUUUGUCUUCUGAGCGGAGCAUCUGUGACAUAAAGCUUACGUGACAUAAAGGAAAACCACCUACCACCUUGAAAACGCAAUGCUGCAAACUGUGGAGGAAACUUAAGACUGUUAUGUAAAGAAUACACCUUCCUCAAAAGCAUUUUUUCCCCAUGUUGGUUUUGGGUUCAGUUCCUUUUUUAUUUUUUUAAUUUUUUUUUUUUUUUUUUGGAAGUGAGCUUCAGAAAAAAACAGCAGAUGUGUCUUUUACGGAUCUAACGGGUGUCAUUGUAACAUGGGAAAAAAAAAGUAACUGGGCAGAGAAUGUUAAUUCUUGAUGGUAUAAUUGAAGGGGGGAGCGUAGAAUAGGGGUGGGGAGAGUGACGUUGGACUUGGCAGCAUUUGGGGAAACAUCAUUUGCUAUGGAGCUACUUCUCAGGUAACCAUUAGAGGAGGGGAAGGACAUUUCUGGCCAGAGUAUUUACGGCUGCAGCGUAUGGAGAAAGUGGAGUUAAAGAGGCAGUGGUUGGAAGACAGGCACUUGUUUCUUCCUCCAGAGUCUGGAGUUGGGUGGUAAAAGAACAAAGCAGGACUAUAACUUUUAUUUUUCAAUUCCAGGUAGUAGUAGGAAGGAUGCUUUCAAUGUCAUCAGGACACGUGAGGAAGUGUGAUUUCAGAAGCACUUUGGUAAAAUACUGGAAGAUGAGAAAAUUUUUGCAUCUCAUUUUAAGUGUGAGUCAGCUGAGAGAAUUUGGCCUUGGGUUGAUUAUCUUUCAGCCCAAGUUAAUGGUGCAGAUGGUGGAAAGAGGAAAAGGGUGAAAACUGGUUAUAUAAAUUUUUUUUCUUUAUUAAUUUGGGACUGGGGGAGUGAAUGGUGGCAGCUGGCUCCUGUAGCAUCUGAGAGGCCUGAGAGCUGCCUGGCUGCAGGGAGCUGAGGCAGCUCAGCAGCAGCAGUGAUUCCCACAGCACCUCUCCCACUGGUUUCUUUGACGCUGCUUUCUCCUUACUCUGUGAUGAAACUCUUUUGUCUUAAAGUGGUGCAUAUUCGAAAAUACCGUUACUCUUAUUAUGCCAUAAACUUGCUCUAGUCAGUGAAUGUUCCUAAUGCUGCUGAUUCAACAUUGAAAUAUUUUUUUAAUUUGCAAAACAUGCAAUGUUUAAAAAAAGAAAAAACUUAAAAAAAAAAAACCAAACACAAAACAUACACAUACACGUUACGUGGCUUCCGAGGUUUAAACUGAAAAAAAAAUUAAAAACUUCAUGACCACAGACCACCUCAAACCAGAAAUACCUCAAAAUUUUCUACUUGUAUGAGUUUUAUUAUAUAUUUUGUUAGUUGUGUUGUCUUGUAGUAAGUAUAUUUUAAUGUAAGUUGGCUUUUAUGACAAGGGAGUUUUAAAAAAAUUAAAAAAAGAAAAAAAGUUCCAAAAUCUUUUAGGAAGUGCUACCAUUUUUUUGUUGUUUUGUUUAAUAAAGCACCAUUGUAAAUAACUGUA